CCUCCCACGCACGAUGUCAGCGUCAUGGUGCAUCCCUGAUCCUAUCCACGGUUCGCUCUGCCGGUUUGGAGAGUGCAGAAGAUGAUAAGGCGCACAGGCCUCCCAUGAUUACUAGCAGCUACUCGACAAGAAGAACAUGCACCGAAGUCCAGCCACUGACCACGCCAUCGGCCGGGUGUAGCAGCGAGAACACAGCCACUCCAUAGACAGAGACUUUUUAAUUUGCGUAGUUAUUUAUUUAUUUUGUAUUUAUUUGUUUCAUUAUAAACGGAGCACACUUCUGUUUGGAGGCCAAUUAGAGUGUUUACGUGAGUGGAGAAGUGUGUGUGUGUUUGGGGAUGUGUGUGUUUCUAAAGAUGAAGGCUGAGGCUCUCAGCCUCAGCUGGCCUGCUAGACACACACUCUCAGGACGCUCCUGAGACACACACACACACACCCGCACUCACAUCCCCUCCCGUGUGCAUACACACACAUAAGCCCAGGUAGUUGAGCUAGUGAGUGUGUGUGUGUGUCGGAGAGCCAUGGCGGUGCCGUUCCCCUUUGAUAACCUGGUGUGUAUGCUGCUUGGCAUCUCCUUCACUGUCUGGUUCACACUCCUCCUCGUCUUCAUCAUCGUGCCUGCCAUCUUCGGCCUGUCCUUCGGCAUACGACGCCUCUACAUGAAGACACUGCUCAAGGUCUUCGAGUGGGCGACACUGAGGAUUGAGAGGGGGGCCAAGGAGAAGAACCACCUCCUCUACAAGCCCUACACCAAUGGCAUCAUCGCGAAGGAGCCCACAUCCCUGGAGGAGGAGCUCACAGAGCUACGGCGCAGCGGGAGCAGCCGUGAUCUGGAUAGCUCCUCGGCAACCGCCUCCUCCUCCUCCUCCUCCUCCUCCUGCUCCUCGGCCUCCGCAGUGGCCUCCUCGGCCGAGUUCGACAUGUCCGACAUCUUCUCGUUCUGCCGGCGCGGCGUGGAGAGCAUCGUGGACGACGAGGUGACCAAGCGCUUUUCAGCCGAGGAGCUGGAGACCUGGAACCUGCUGACCCGCAGCAACUACAACUUCCAGCACAUCAGCACCCGCCUGACCGUGCUCUGGGGGAUCGGGGUCGUCAUCAGAUAUGGGGUUCUACUCCCACUCAGGGUGACUUUGGCCAUCACAGGAGUCGGUUUACUCGUGGUUAUCACUUCCAUCAUCGGGUUAUUGCCCAGCGGCAGGGCGAAGAGCUUCCUGAGUGAGAAGGUUCACCUGAUGUGUUACCGAAUCUGUGUGAGGGCUCUGACUGCAAUCAUCACCUACCACCACAGUGAGAACAAGCCCAGAAAUGGUGGCAUCUGCGUGGCCAAUCACACGUCUCCCAUUGAUGUCAUCAUCCUGGCCAGCGACGGCUGUUAUGCAAUGGUGGGCCAGAUUCACGGUGGUCUGAUGGGAGUGAUUCAGAGAUCCAUGGUGAAAGCAGCUCCUCACAUCUGGUUUGAGCGCUCUGAAGUCAAAGAUCGACAUCUGGUGGCCAAAAGGUUGAAUGACCAUGUGGAAGACAAAACUAAACUGCCCAUCUUGAUUUUCCCUGAAGGUACCUGCAUCAACAACACGUCAGUCAUGAUGUUCAAGAAGGGCAGCUUUGAGAUCGCCUCCACGGUCUACCCUGUGGCCAUCAAGUAUGACCCUCGUUUUGGCGAUGCCUUCUGGAACAGCAGUAAGUUUGGGAUGGUCAACUACCUGCUCCGGAUGAUGAGCAGCUGGGCUAUUGUCUGCAGUGUCUGGUACCUGCCUCCCAUGACCAGAGAGGAGGGAGAGGAUGCCGUGCAGUUUGCCAACCGCGUGAAGGCUGCCAUCGCUAGACAGGGAGGGCUGGUCGACCUGCUGUGGGAUGGCGGCCUGAAGCGAGGAAAAGUGAAGGACACGUUUAAAGAGGAGCAGCAGAAGCUGUACAGCAAGAUCCUGGUGGGAGCGCAGGAGAACCGCAGCCGCUCCUGAGGAACGAGGAACCCGGAACCCUGACUCUCACGUGUGGACGCAGGGAGAGAUGGACACAGAGAGAGAGAGAGAGAGGAGAGGAAGGGGGAGGAGAGAAAAAGGAAAAGAAAAACGAUUGAAAUCCAUCUCCAUUUUGGGGGAGAAUUCAGAAUGAGGCACAGCACCACCUAGGGGCCGUCUGCGUCACUGCAGCUGACUUUUACAAGAACAGUGUUUCAUGGGCCCCGUCGGUUGUGUUUGUCUGGCAGUAAAGACCACCGACACUCCAGUGUGUGUGUGUGUGUGUGUGUGUGCGCGUGCGCGUGUCACCCACUGACAGCCACUGACUGCUGCAUCAGAGACCUGUAACUGCACCUGUGUAUUAUGUCUGUUACGUUUAUAGCUUUUUAUGACUUCUGUGUGUGGAAGUUUUUUGUUCUUUGAUAAUCUCUUUUUAUCUUGUUUAGCCGGUCUGAUAAUCUUUUCUGUUGUUAUUCUAGUUAAUAAUGUUAAGGGUUUUACAUGUUUGUGUUGCUGGGAGAACAGACAGAUGGCUGUGUGUGUGCUUGUGUGUGGCAGAUAGGAGUGCAGAGUGCCUCUGUUCAAACAGCAGAAUGGAUGGAGACUGAUGCAUCCACAGCACCAUUCCUGGAAUCUGACUCGUUAUCGGGGUAUAGAGGCUCUGCCCGUCCCCGCGGCGGCCACACUGGCUAUUUGCUGACGCUGGGCACAGGGCUGUUUGUUCUGGGCAAUUCACAUGCUGUUUUUUCUCCAAUCAGUCUUUGCUCUUUUUCCUGGAAAGAAAAAAAGACUUUGGAAGACAGUCAAUCACGCAUUAUGUACCUCCAGUGUGAUGUUAUCGGCUCAUCACGGCUACUGUCCCCAUAGCAGCAGUAGCAACACACACAGACACACACACGCACCCACACACACACGCGGGCACGGCUACUGUCCCCGCAGCAGCAACAUACACACACACACACACAUGCGGGCACGGCUACUGUCCCCACAGCAGCAGCAACACACACACACACACACACACGCACGCCGCGCACACACACACACACGGGCACGGCUACUGUCCCCAUGGCAGCAGGCUCCAUCUAUGCGUCUGCGUCCCAAAGCGACCGGCGGUCAGCAUCUUGGCGGAUGCGAGGCGUGGAGGGGCAGAAGAACAGGAUGGGGGGUGGAGGGUCAGAAGAGCAGGAGGCGUGGAGGGUCAGAAGAGCAGGAGGGGGGGGUCCCACUGUUCCGUGUGUUCCUGCUGACCUGCGUCAGGACUCGCCACUGCUUAGCGUCACGCCGUCGCACACUGACAGUCGCUCGUAACACACAUACACGUACACACACACACACACAUUUCCCAUACAGUUUUACGGCUGCCCUGGCCUGCAGCACAGCGCGACAUGCCGUGUCUGUGUGUGUGCGUGUGUGAGGAAGCAAAAGUGAAUAAACCAGACCUGGCCUGGCCCCCUUCAGGAGCUCCUAAAACUAGACAUGCUGGUUCUGGGUGCAUGCUUAAGCUCCCACUGACAGAGAGGCAAUGAGAGUGUGUGUGUGUGUGUGUGUGUCUAUCUAUCUAUCUGUACUGUGCAUGCCUGCGCGUGUCUGUUUUUGUGUGUGUGUGUGCGUCUGUGCAUGUAUGCGUGUCCAAUAUGCUUAAGCUCCCACUAACCAAGUCAAACUGGAAAUAGUUGUUCUGUGAUGACGUCAAUUCAGCCAAUUCAGAUGCAGACAGAAAGUGAAGCGCCACUUCCAGGGGUCCUGAAGGAGACCUGCAGCCCACAUCACUUGAGGCACGUCGACACACACACACACACACACACACACACAUGUCACCAGCCACUGCGUCCCCAGACACUCAUUGUCCACUACAACAAACCCAACAAGCUACUGCUCGCUCACUGCUGUACACAGGGCAGCCAGCCAGGCUGCUGAGGCCUGCUGGGAGAUGUAGUCUUCCUCCUUUACCGAUUGAGCUGGAUGAUCAGUAGACUAGACUCUAACAGCUGCUGGUCCCACACUAGUCACACCUGGGCUGUGUGGGGUGUGUGCGUGGGUGGGGGGUGUGUGCGUGCGUGGGUGGGGUGUGUGGGUGGGGGUUUUUGCCGGUCAGCAGGCUGGAGUGGAGGUCCCUGUGAAGUCGGCGCUGCGCCGGCGGAGGGAUCCCCUCAGAGAGCCGUCUGAGACGUGGGCCAGACCCGGCCCAGGCCUGGCUGCCUCCCGCGCAGCAGAGCCGUCGAGGCUGCCCUCAUCUCGCCUCGUCUCUGCCCGGAGGGCUGGACACUCGAGCGUGGUGAUCCCACGCAGCUCAGCUCCUCUACCUCCGUCAUGUUCGCGCCAGACGAGCUUGGGCGCUGCCUGUCUCGUGUAUGACGUGCGCCCGCACGCCUGUCUGCGCGUCUGAUGAGCGACCCCCUCCUCCAACCACGCACCUGUGACCUCACCUCACCCCACAGGCCCGACGCCAUCCUUCUCAGAUCAGGACCAACCCAGUGCUUUAAUCGUGUGUGUGCGUCCAGUUCAGCUUCAUCCAGUACUGUAAUCCAACAAAAUAAACAGUCAGUUAUGUCAAGCUCA